AUGUCUAAUCUCCGAGUCCUUAUUGUCGGCGCUUCUAUUGCCGGACCAACAGCUGCCUACUGGUUCGCCAAGACUGGUGCCACUGUCACCGUUGUUGAACGAUUUCCCGAGCUGCGCACCAAUGGCCAUAAUGUCGAUAUUCGCAACGUCGGCGUCGCUGUCAUGCGCAAGAUGCCUGGCAUGGAAGCCGCAGUACGCGCCAAGAAGAUUUCGAUGGAAGGCAUUUGCUUUGUCCGCGGCAAUGGCAGAAAGAUCGGCACCAUCCAAAGCACAGGAGACCCGGAUCAACAGUCCCUCGUCUCCGAGUACGAGAUCUACCGUGGUGAUCUCGCCCGUAUUCUCUAUGACCUGACCAAGGAAGACGACAGAAUCACGUACGUCUUCGGUGAACAGGUUACCUCGAUUCAGCAAUACGAUAACAACCAAGCCCCCGUUCAUGUCGAAUUUGCCAACGGGCGUCCCGCUGCCGUGUUUGAUCUGGUUGUUGCCUGUGAUGGCGCAAACUCCAGGACUCGCGCUUUGGGUCUCGGCUGUGGCGUGCGGGACCAUGUACAGUCAACGAACUGCUUUGCCAGUUACUUCUCGAUACGAGGUCACUUGAAUCAAAGCGAAACGAUAGCUCAGUCUUACAGUGCCGUCGGCGGCCGCUUCGUCGGCCUGGGUCCAGGUUCAUCAGGAACGACGCGGGGGGCGCUGUUGUCAUUUCACCCUCAGGAUGGAUCCGAUGUUACCAAAUCCUUUCGAGAGGUUCAGGAUCGAGGCGUGGAUGCCGUUAAAGAGUUUGUAGCCAAGCACUUUGGCGGUGCUGGAUGGCGCUGUGACGAGAUAGUGAAGGGCAUGCUGGAGGCAGACGACUUCUAUGCCUCGGAAAUUGUGCAGGUACGCACACCCAGCCUGCAUCGGGGCCACUUCGCACUGGUGGGCGACGCAGGGUACGGCUCCGGGGCGACAGGAGUUGGGACGAGCCUCGCCAUGGCGGGUGCGUACGUUCUCGCGGGCGAGAUCAGCAGGCACGCAGGCGAUCUGCCGAGCGGGUUGCGGGCGUAUGAGCAACGGAUGCGGCCCAUAGUCGAGGACCUACAGAAAAUAUCGCCACUCGUCCCGGCAUUUCUGGCGCCGCAGACGGCAUGGGGCUUGUGGGUGCGGAAUCUGGUACUCGCAUUCGUAUGCUGGUCGGGCACACUGGAAUUUGCGCAGCGUCAUCUCGCAGGAGCAUUUGCCAAUGGGGACAAGCACACUCUCCCGAAUUACGAAUGGGCGGACUGA